ACGACAGCUCCACCAACAACAACAACCACAGCACCAACAACAACGACCACGUCACCACCUACAACAACAACGACUACAGCACCACCUACAACAACGACCACAGCACCACCUACAACAACAACCACAGCACCUACAACAACGACCACAGAACCACCUACAACAACUACGACAGCUCCACCAACAACAACAACCACAGCACCAACAACAACGACCACAGCACCACCAACAACAACAACCACAGCACCUACAACAACAACCACGUCACCAUCUACAACAACAACCACAGCAUCGACAACAACAACCACGGCAACACCUACAAUUACAACCACGGCAACAUCUACAACAACAACCACGGCACCACCUACAACUACAACCACGGCACCACCUACAACAACAACCACAGCACCACCUAUAACAACAACGACAGCACCACCAACAACAACAACCACAGCACCACCAACAACAACAAGCACAGCAGCAACAACAACAACCACAACACCACCAACAACCACAGCACCACCUACAACAACAACCACAGCACCUACAACAAUGACCACAGCACCAACAACAACGACCACAGCACCACCGACAACAACGACCACAGCACAAACAACGACCACAGAACCACCAACAACAACAACCACAGCACCAACAACAACGACCACGGCACCACCUACAACAACAACCACAGAACCACCUACAACAACGACCGCAGCACCACCUACAACAAUGACCACAGCACCACCAACAACAACGACCACAGCACAAACAACGACCACAGAACCACCAACAACAACAACCACAGCACCAACAACAACCACCCCCACACCACCACCUACAACUACAACCACAGCACCACCAACAACAACCACAGAACACCACAACAACACACAAACCACAACACAACGACCACACGACCAACACAACAACGACCACAAUCAGUUGCUUGAACCCUUCUUCCGAAAUCGGUUUUCUUCUUCUUUCAACUCCUUGGAUGUUGUGUCUUUCAGCUACAACAACCACUACAAUGACCCCUUCAACUACUGCAGCAACGACCCCAGCACCAACAUCGACAACCACAGCACAAACAACAACGACCACAGCACCAUCUACAAUGACAACCACAACACUAAGUACAACCACAACCACCCCAUCAACUACAACUACACCAAGUACAACUACAACCACCGCACCAACUACAACCACAACCACAGCACCAACUACAAUUACAACCACCCCACCAACAACAAUAACCACCACCCCACUAACCACAACCACCCCACCUAUGACAACAACAACCACUCCACCGACCACAACCAUCCCACCGACUACAACCAUGACCACCCCGCCUACGACAACUACAGCACCAACUACAACCACGACCACCCCACCUACGACAACAACAACCACUCCACCGACCACAACCAUCCCACCGACUACAACCAUGACCACCCCGCCUACGACAACUACAGCCAGCCACAGGCCGUACACGAAUGGAAAAUACUGAUGCAGAAGUGGGUGUUGAGUUCAACAGAACUACACCGGCUGCAGCAAUCCCACCAGCUACUGAUGUUGUGCAAACCUUAA